AUGCCUCUUAGGAAUCCCUUUGGCAGACGCUCCAACACGAGCGUCGCUCUCGUCCAGGACGAAAACCUGCCACCCUCCGACCCGAAUGCUCGCAAUGGCAAUGGCGCCUCCAACCCACCCAAGUUCGAGCGUGUCGACACCGUCGGGUCCAAGGCUUCGUCGAUCCUGAGCAUCAAGACCCCGCGCGACACCGGCGAGUACAAGAUGAGUGUCGUCAACGAUAGUGGCGUAUACCUCCCGGUACGUGACGAAACUACUGUCAAACCUCUUGUCAUCAAGGAAUAUGUUAUGCUAUAUGCUACGCAAGUCGAACUAAUCACUCUACUCGGCCCUGCUCUAGCCGUCGCCCACGGAGAAUCCGGAGAGGAGUCCUUGGUCGAGACGCUAUCAUGCCUCCCGGACGUCAUACGGUCAUUUGACAUCUGCGCCAAGUCCCCCAUCGUGAACCAAAUCCCCGCCCGCCAGAGUCUCGACUCCGCCCGUCUUCCCCACCCACCCCGCUCCUCGCUUUCAGGUCGCAAUCGCAAUGGUGGCGCGAGGCAACCAGCGACCGAGGAAGAGUCGGACGCCUCCUUCGAGGACGUACGCCUCGACGAUCCGGCGGCGUCGCAGCAUCCUGCAUCAUCGAAGCGCCGUGGCCUCUUCGGCAUGUUUUCCGAGAACCAGGAGCCCGGAACGACCGCGCAGCCCACCGUUUCGCGAUUCCUGCCGGGAAGGAGGAGGCGGGGCCAUAGCGGACAGGGGGCCGAGUUGGGAAGUAUGGAGAGGCCCGGGUCCCGGGGGGGGAUAGAGCAGGUGGCUUGA